AUGGCGGAGGAGGACUCAGUAGCCAAGGUCAGGGAGAUGCUGCAAAGAUAUUCAUUAAGAGCAGAUUAUUUUGGGGAUUCGAGUAUACUAUCGGAUAUGGAUGUGUUUGAGGAGCGAAGCCUUUCUGCACAUGAGAUUGCGUCAAGAAUGAAGAAUGGGAUUAAGCAAUGUAAGAAGACGAUUGCCGUUGCUAGGCAAUACAAGGUAUGCAUGAAUACAGAAGACUCUGAGAUUUGUGCGAUGCUACUGGAUGACCUAAGAAGAGAAAUAGAGCAAACAUGCAAGUAUACGAAACGGAAUGUAGGAAUGCCUGUUUAUUGGAUAUCAAUUGGAGUAUGUGCUUGUGUGAUGUUUGUUUUUUGCAGAUUAUGCUUCUGA